AUGAAGUCUUUAGUUUUAUUGUUAAGUAUUUCUUACGCAACGGCUUGGCUGGAUUUGAAAAAGUUUCCCAACUUCUACCCAUUUGAUAGAGAAUUGCAUAAAAGAGUACUAAAUUCAGAAUUGUGUGAGAAACAAUUAAAUUACCUGAGGGAUAACGAUGGAACACUGCUUUUAAAUUUUCUCGAUGCAGGGGCAAGAAUUCCAAAAGGAAUUUUUGGAGGCAAUUUUCGGGACAUGGGUAAUUAUUACCAAUGCCUCGGUAUAAGAAAGCGCGUUGAAAAUAUGGAUAUAGAAGGAAAGUACUGCACAAUAAAUAUCCCUCUGACGCCCAAUAUAUCGUUUGAUACAACCAUAUCGCCACAAAACCCUCUUAAACGGUCAACUUUAAUGGACCUUGUGACACAAAACAAACACAACUAUUUUAAUCAAUCCACGAUUGAUCAAUUCAGCCUUGGCAAAUAUUUGUCAUAUGCUCCCUAUGUAACGAAAUCAACGAGGUCGGCCCGAGACAGAGCUCUAAACGUAGUGGUUCAAUUAGCUUUAUGUAUUCCAAAAGCUUGCACCACGAGAGAGGUAAUUAAUAAAGUGGGGAACAUCACCACCCUAGGUAUUCAAUAUGAGGACAAUUUAUGUCGACUUCCCGACGACAAGCAUUGGGUCACUGCAGAUUAUAUAGCCAUCGUUGUUUUUUCAGCAUUUGGAUUAAUUAUAUUUUUAAGUACUACGUAUGACUUACAUCAUCUUUUUUACUUAAAAAAAGAUUUUAUGGACGAGAAUAUAUUUCGCAUUUUUUCUGCCUUUACAAAUUUGUCUAUGUUAUUGAAGUUGUCAAAUAAACCUGGAUCAUUGCAAUGUCUCGAUGGUAUACGAGCAAUCGCCAUUUUUUGGGUGGUUAUUGGACAUGCUUUUGUAGGAAAUCUUAUAACUGCGUUUAACUUCCUUGAUAUUCAAGAGUGGCAAUCUUCGUUAAGGUCGAUGUGGAUAACGGGCGCACCCAUCACAGUCGACACGUUCUUUAUGAUCAGUGGUCUACUACUGGUUUACACCAGUAUGGCUAAAUAUACUAGCCUGGGACUACUGAAAAACCUACACGUUUUCUACUUGAGCAGAUUAUUGCGUAUGUUUCCCGUGUUGGCAUUAAUGGUUCUCUUCGAGGCAUCGCUCUAUAACAGAAUAUCAGACGGCGCAUUUUGGCAUGUCGCGGGGAACGGUGUACACACCUGCAGAGCUCUUUGGUGGAGCACACUGCUACAUCUUCAGAACUUCGUUAAUCCAUUGGCAGAAUGUCUCCCAGUUACCUGGUACUUAGCAAUCGAUGUACAGCUUCAUGUUAUUUCACCAUUAGUUCUAUUUUGGUUACUUCGAGGCAGUAAAAGAACAUCUUGGACAGCCCUCAUCAUAGGUUUCUUGGUGUCUAUAGCUAUUGCUACAACAUACAUAUUUCUAACAGAUGUCCAUAGAAAUUAUUUUGUGUAUUACUACGUAAAUAUAUUGGUCCGUUCACCACCAUUUUUCAUGGGUAUGAUAGUCGGAUACUGUCUCCGUAUUUAUAGAGAUAGAGAGUUCAAUAUGUCUACGAUUCUCAGCGCAUGUAUGACGACUAUUAGCCUUGUAUUGUUGUGCUUGGUAAUUUACGUCAACUUCUUAAAGGACUACAGUGCUUAUAGCAAAGACUGGACUAAUAGCUAUGUCGGUAACAUAAUUGACUCAUUUACUCGAUCUAUUUGGUCUGCGGCUUUAGGAUGGAUUAUAUUUAUGUGCGUGAAUGGAUAUGGUGGUCCCAUUAAUCAAUUCCUGAGCAUGGAUUUGUGGAAGAUAGUAUCUCGAAUAUCUUAUGCAAUGUAUAUAGUCCAUUUCUCAGUUAUAAUCGCUUAUUUUUCUUCUAUGGUUGAAAAUCAUUACUUUACUGUUGGAACGACCGUAUUCAUAUUCUUCUCGUGCUCGGUCGUUACAGUAGUGGUUUCGAUUCUUUUAACUGGACUCAUUGAAAUACCAUUUUCUAUACUGUUCAAGAAUAUGCUGGAUAAAGUUAGUGUGAAAUAUGAAAAACCCUUAGUUAAACCAUCAGGACCUGUUGAAAUUGAGAAUACGAAUAUCAAUGGAAAUAUAAAUGAAGGAUUUAUUUGUGAAGAAACUAAAACUAAUCUAUAA